AUGGCGAACAGAACAGUCAAGGAUGCUCAUUCUGUUCAUGGAACAAACCCACAGUACCUCAUAGAAAAAAUAAUAAGAAGUCGGAUAUAUGAAUCAAAGUAUUGGAAGGAACAUUGUUUUGCCCUCACAGCUGAACUUUUGGUGGACAAGGCAAUAGAAUUGCGAUACAUCGGUGGAGUGUACAGCGGCCUAACAAAGCCAACUCCAUUUUUGUGCCUAGUUUUAAAGAUGCUUCAAAUUCAGCCUGAUAAAGAUAUUGUGAUAGAAUUUAUAAAACAGGAGGAUUACAAGUACGCAAGGGCUAUUGGUGCUUUUUAUCUUCGUCUUGUUGGAGAAUCCGCCGAAAUAUAUAAGUAUUUGGAAACACUUUAUAAUGACUUCCGAAAGAUAAAAAAACAGGACAGUAGCGGAAAGUUUUCUCUUAUUCAUAUGGACGAGUUUAUUGAUAGUCUCCUGACAGAAGAGAGAGUAUGUGAUGUCAUACUUCCACGUCUACAAAAGAGGUCUGUCCUCGAGGAAGCGAACAUCCUCGAAUCACGUCAAUCUCUUCUCGACGAAGACUUGGAGGACUUACAGUACAACGAGGAACUAGAUGAUAUCCCAGAUAGUGACGCUGAUACUGCUAAGGAAAAACAUAAAGGACGAAAACAUGAAGAUGACAGGGAUUAUCGUGAGCGGAGUAAAGAUCGCGAGCGCGCCAGGGAACGCAACCAUCGCCGAAGUCGCGACGAGUCGCCCCACCUAAAUCACAGAGACAGACGUGAUAGAGAGCGUGAUUAUGACAAGGAAAGGCGGAAAGACAAAGAAGACAAAGAACGCAGAGAAAAAGACAAAUCCAGAAGGUUAGUAAAUAAUUUUUAG